AUGAAGCUGCUCUCGUUUGGACCCCCUCUGCUGUGCAUGGUUCUGGUCUGGCUCCUCGGCUGUUUCCUGGACCCCUCGCGCGCUCAGGAGGCCGCGGGCCCCGCUGCGCUCCGGCGCGGGUUGACAUGGCAACACAACGGGCAGGUUUUCAGUCUCCUGAGCCGCGGCUCUCAAUACAGACCCAACCUCAGGGGUCCGGCCGGGGGGCCCAGCUCCGGAGACCCGGUUCUGGUCCUCAGUAGCUCCAACGACACGGCCUCCGCAGCUCGCGGGGCCCCGAGGGUCCCCGCCGCCAGCGGCACCGCGCAGUUACGCACAGUGACGCGUCAGCAUCCGCGCGCCAUGACGGAGGAGUCCGAGACCCGGAGGGACGGAGACCCGGUUCCGGUGGCCCGGGAGGACAUGAUGGUCGGAGAUGACCCCUAUAACCCAUACAAACAGCCCCGGUACGACCCCUACUACAACUACUUCGACACGUACUACAGACCCAGAGCCAGGAGCCCGGCCCGGCACGGGUACGGAACCCGGUACCACCAGAACGGUACGAGCGGAUUGAGUCCAGGAUGUUACGACACCUACAACGCCGACAUCGACUGUCAGUGGAUCGACAUCACCGACGUCCCACCUGGAAAAUACAUCCUGAAGGUGACGGUGAACCCCCGGCAGCAGGUCCCAGAGUCCAACUUCAACAACAACGUGGCUCAGUGUCACGUGCAGUACACGGGCCACGCUGCGCACGUCUCUGGAUGCUCGUUGACCGGGUAA